ACAUUUUGCUUCUCUCUUUCUCUUUUUUUUUUUAGUAAUAUAUUAUCAAUGGAACAUCCCUCUUCUUGCCCUACCAUUACUACAGUAACCUAUGUCGAUCCUAAUGAUGACAACAAUGAUAUAAACAAGGUGCCUUAUAUCGAAGAUCAUCAAAUUGAACCAAUCUUUUGUGAAUGCUGUGGAGUUGAUAUCUCGCUAUUUGCUUUUGGUGUAGGUUUUCUACUUGAUCAAGCUCACUUAAACCACAACAUACACACAAUUAACACACAUACGCACACACAUACACACUCUCCCUCUCUCAUUUCGUAUUUAUUCAGCAUGAUUCCCCCUCUCCUUUUAUUUCUGUUUUCAAAGAGAUACCCUCAAUGCAACACUAAUGAUAACAGCAACAACAGCAAUAACAGAAGCAUACUACACGCACACAUGACAUUCUUUUAUGCAACCUUUGUAACUAUUAUUGUCACAGACAUCCUUUAUUCAUGUACAUAAAAAUAAUAAAAAAAAAGCACUAAAGCCCUUGCAUGAACUUUAUUAUUAUUUCCCCAUUUACUUUCGAGCUGAUAUACAAUAAUUCGCAUGAAAAAAAAAAAAAAGAGUUUAUUUUUGCG